UGAAGAGUUGUUAACGAGUGAAGGCCACUUCAUGUUGUUCAUAAUAACGUAAUCAGAUGCCGAGAAAAGUAUUUCAAAGCGGCGUCUGAGAUUGUUUAACUUAAAGGCGACAGAGUCUUGACUGAACGACAGUAAACUGUGAACAUGUCUCAGGAGGGAUACCAGCCACCAGCAGUGAAAACUACCGCAGACACGAGCUUGAAUACACAUGAAUCACAGAGGCCAAACCCCGGGAAGACACCUAUACAAAUCCUGCAUGAAUAUGGCACCAAAAGUGGCAACCUUCCUGUGUAUGUGAUGGAGAAGGCUGAAGGAGAGGCUCACCAGCCCAGCUUCGUCUUCAGCGUGAGAAUCGGAGACGUUAGCUGCACAGGUCAGGGUCCCAGUAAAAAGGCUGCUAAACAUCUGGCUGCAGAGGCUGCUCUGAAUAUUCUCCAGAUAGAUGCUGGAACAGUGAAUGUGCCUGUGAAGUCUGAGAGUAAUGGUGUUGGAGCUGAAACAAACAACCAUCCCAAUUCAGUGGGGAUACUGCAGGAGUUAGCGUUGCAGAGAGGAUGGCGUCUUCCUGAGUACACAGUUUUACUGGAGGCCGGUCCGCCACACAAGCGAGAAUUCACUGUUACGUGUCGGAUGGAGUCCCUGUCAGAGAAGGCUGUAGGAAGUUCAAAAAAGGCAGCGAAAAAGGCAGCAGCAGAGAAAAUGGUGGCAAAGCUUCAAAGCCUGUCAGGCUGCUCUGAAAUCACAUGGACUCCUAAACCGAGCGUCCGCUUUGAAAACUUGAGGAACUCGUCAGCAGAGAAGAUAUCUUUGCUGAGGAGAAACCCGCUGAGCAUUCCCAACACAGAUUACAUUCAGAUGAUGCUGGAGCUGUCCAAGGAGCAGGGCUUUGAGGUCACAUACUUCAACAUUGAUGAGCUGACAGUGAACGGCCAGUACCAGUGCCUGGCAGAGCUGUCCACCUCCCCGGUCACCGUGUGCCACGGCACAGGCAUUUCCUGUAGCAACGCUCACAACGACGCAGCACACAGCGCCCUCCAGUACAUCAAAAUCAUGGCCUCCAUCAAGUGAAACACUACAGUCAACAUCUGCUUCACCGCUAUCACAUAUAUCAGCCGAUGUCCAGUCAUGAUGAACUUGUAGAUUGUUCUUCCCGCCAGUCUUCCUGCCCGUGGACGAUGUGACGUCAAGGUAUAUUUUUUUAAUUCUGUACAAGACCAAGCAGAUCGUGCUCCAUGAUAACUGAAGAUACACUGACUUGAAUCAGGCAACUUCACAGCAGCAUUUGAGACAAACUCUCAAAAUUCUAAAUCUCUAAAUCUACCGUCUUGUACCGUCAUGUUUUACUUGAGAUGAUAUUUAAGCAAAUGCACUUGUGCAGAAGAAGGAGCAACAGCAGGAAGCACUUCCUCGAGACCUUUUAACUUGCAGAAUUUGAGCUGUCAGUGCUUUAUUUGUCCCCAUUUUUUAAGUGUUGCUUUAGUGGAAAUUAUUUAUUUAUAUUUUUUAGUGAGGAUGCUGAUAUUUUACGCUUCCACUUGACUUAAAAAAAUGUUUCAUUCCACAUAGUUUCCCUGCAGGAACAAAAGAUCUUAAACUUUUAAUUUACUCCUGAGAUAUCUGCCCGUCUGUAAACAGAAGUCACCUGAAAAUGAAAAUGAAUUGAAAAAGAAAGGUUAUUUUGACUGUUUUUUUUUCCUGCAUCAACUCUUCCAACUGUCAGAAUGCAAUCUACAGUACAACCCCUGCUGUCUUUAUCUGGUCGACUCCCAAAUUACACAUAACAUGUGCCUCACAGUACCAUGUGAUACAUUUCAUAAAUCUGUAUAAACUGAGCUCUAGUGGAGAACAUGUGUAUGAAACCAUAAAAUAAACCCUAAAUGUUAAUGAGUGUUGGUUUCUGUUAAUGCUCAUGUAAUGGACAGUAUUGAGAGAACAGAUUGCUUCCAGCAGCCGUCCUCAUGUUAUUGAAUGAAACGUCUCUCGUGGGAGCUGACCACUUGACAGCACGUCAAUUUAUGAGGCUGCACGUCCUGCUGUAUUAGGACAAAGGCAAUUACAUCAGGGCCUGC